AUGAAGUACGCCGCAGCCAUCCUUUCCCUCCUCGUCGCCGCUCCGCUCGCGGUCCGAUCGGGCUUUCCCAUUGAAAAGGGCGAACGGAUCCUCAAGCACAUGUUCAUCGGCGGCGCCGGCGACGUCUACAUCUGGCAGACCUUGUUGGGAUAUCACGCCUUCACCGUCAUGACGCUGAAGGACGGGGACAUGUGGUCGAUCCAGAAGUUCGACAAGGCUGCCGGCCACGCGUCGCCGCUGGACAGGCCGGUCGCAUCUGGCUUCCCCCUGGCCGAUCUCAACCGGGCGGAGCUUGCCACAGCCUACAACGAGAUCGUGGCCGGAAGCUCGGACCCCAACUACUGGUUCGGAAAGUACUCGAUCUUGGUCGACGGCGUCCACCACCCCAUGUAG